UUACUUUUGUCAGAACAUUUGCUGCUUUUCCGCUUAUUCAGUGAUGCGUAACGCUUUUUGGUCAUGCAGAGCUAAACAAAACCCAAGUGGUUUGCGGAGAUUGUGCAGUUGACUGCUCAUCGGAGAACAUGAACAAGACGCUUAGAAAGUCGCAAUCUCUGCACUGCUGCUCUAUCCUGGAGGUGAAAAGUAAAUAUGGUGCAGAAUUCAGGAGGUUUUCCCUUGAUCGUUCUGACCCUGGGAAAUACAGAGAUUUCCACCGACUCGUUCUGCGUUUACAUCACUUAUGGCAAAUGGACGUCCUUAUCGGAUAUGCGGAUGUUCAUGGAGAACUGUUGCCCAUCAAUAAUGAUGACAACUUUUGGAAAGCCGUGACCUCCACACAAUCUUUACUGCGCAUCUUUAUUCAGCUGCAAGAUGAAGCUGAGCAGUGUAUCAUUGGAGUCGACGGCAUGUUAAAGCGAAAGAAAUCUCCAUCAGCAUUCUGGGGCGACGUCAGCCACAGAAAAUCUCAGUUUCAGAUCAGCAUGCCACACAACUUCCGCCCCGUUUCUUCCAUCAUUGAUGUGGACAUCCUACCAGAAUGCCACAGAAGAGUCCGCCUCUACCACCAGGGCUCGGACAGACCUCUAGGGUUUUACAUUCGUGAUGGUACUACUGUUAGAGUUACUCCUUUCGGCUUAAAAAAAGUGCCGGGGAUCUUCAUCUCACGCAUAGUACCCGGCGGACUGGCCGAGAGCACUGGACUUCUGGCCAUCAAUGAUCAGGUUUUGGAGGUGAAUGGUAUUGAUGUAAUGGGAAAGUCUUUGGACCAGGUGACUGACAUGAUGAUUGCCAACAGUCACAACCUCAUUAUCACUGUAAAACCCGCAAACCAGCAUAACAACAUAAGACGAAAAAGCUGCUGUUCCUCAAGACACUUUCUUGAUAACACGGACUCUGUAAGCUACCCAGGGCUACCAAUGAUAAUGAAAGCUUACGGCUUGACAGUUAAUGGGUCUGAGAGUGAAGAAGAUGCAGAUGUGAUUGUCGAGAGGGCCAUCAAAUACACUUCCCGGCACUCCAGUGCUUCAACGGCCUCUUAUACUUCUCAUCCACAUGUUUAUACUUCUCACAAGCCCCACGUUUUUGCUAGACAACCCAACUCAUUAAUUUCUGCAGCCGCCUAUCACUCUCAGCCUUGCCUCAACUAUACAGCUCACGGUGAGCAAGACCUCCCACUUCACAGGCAUCAGACCCCCCAAAAGCAUUAUGGCUAUAAACCGUCCAUCAGACAGGGAGGUUCGAGCUGUAGCACCCAUGACCUUCUAAGCACAUGGCACAUAGAUGUGAGUCAACAUUUAAUGUUGCACCAGGUAGAAAUGGAGGAAGAUGGAAUUGUUGUCAUUUUGUGAGGACAUUGUGUAACUAUACCACCCAUGUUAACUUUACCCUGCACUUUACACUUAAAGGGAUAGUUAACCCAAAAAGAAAAAAAAUCUGUCAUCAUUUACUCAACCUCAAGUUGUUCCAAACCUGUAUCAAAUUCUUUGUUCUGUUGAACACAAAGAAAGAUAUUUAGCAACAAUGGGGCACCAUUGACUACCAUAGUAUAAAAUAAUUAAAUGGUUGUCAAAGGUGCCCCAGAACUGUUUGUUUUCCUAAAUUCUUCAAAAUAUCUUCUUUUGUGUUCAACAGAACAAAGAAAUUAUGCAAUAUUUUUCUACUAUGGUAGUCAAUGGUGCCCCAGAAACCUCAGUGGCUAACAUUCUUCCAAAUAUCUUCCUUUGUGUUCAACCAAACAAGCGUGAGUGAGAUUCAUGACAGAAUUUUCAUUUUUGGGUGAACUAUCCCUUUAAAACAGUGGUCACCAACCCUGCUCCUGGAGAUCGACCGUCCUGAAGAUUUCAGCUCUAACCCCAAUCAAACACACCUGAACUAUCUAAUCAAGGUGUUCAGGUUUGCUUGAUAAUUACAGACAGGUGUGCUGAAGCAGGGUUGGAGCUGCAGUCUGCAGGACGGUCGAUCUCCAGGAACAGGGUAGGUGACCACUGCUUUAAAACAUAAGAUUUUAAUUUUCCCUCCAGACCUAGAAACAUAGUGAUAUGGGUUUUCAAUGACAGUGGUAACCCUGCUUUUUGCAUGUCACUUAAGUUUAACAUUACUAUAAAUAUUACACUAAGUUUUAAGAUUAUUGCAGGUUCAAAUGUAACACUGUACAUUGUAGUGCAAAUAACAUUAGGCACCACAUGAGAAAUCUGUUCAUCUUAAAUACUAUAAUAGACUGAAGACAUUCACAAUAUGUAUUUAUUUGACUGUUUAAAUGUCACCACUAAAUAAAAGCUUAAAUAUUACAUGAAUG